AUGGCUUUGAGCUUUAAAUUUUUAUGUUUUUCUGUAUUUCUCUAUGGAAACUACAUCCACUGUAAAAAAGAAGAUAAUCUCGGAAAUGAUCAUUUGCAGACGAAAGUGAAAGACGGCUUGAAGGUAUAGUAACCCACAUAUUGCUGGACUGUAGGUUAUUGGUUAAGUUUUCUUUAUAUGCGUUAACAUAGAAAGGAUUAGCUGUAAACAAACAGGGGCACCCAACGAGAAUAUAAUUCAAAACCACUUAAACAUAACAUUGUUAAAUGUAUUUUAGUAUUUAAACGGUAGAUAUAGACAUACUUUUAUCCCCUAAAAAUUUUUCAUCUGUUCGGAUUUCCUAGCUGAAAGUCUAGUGAUCCGAAAAUUAUAGGGAUCAAAAGUUACCUUUUCGAAAAUUUCAGCCAGAAAAAAGGCUCCCGAAAAUUCUAGGUGACCUUUUAAGAGUAAAAAUCCGUUAAAAUUGGGCAAUUAUACCAUAUUUUAGAUGUCCUAGGAGAGGCAGGCAAGCAUGAAAUUUUACAACAAAUGUUCCGAAAAUUCUAGAUCUCAAAUCGUCUUCCGAACAGAUAUUUUCCGAAAAUUGUCGUUGGGUGCCCCUGAACAAAACAAUAAUUGUCGAACUAUGUGUUUUAGAUUAAAAAAUGAAACAGCUUUUAAUCAUUAAAAUAUAUUAAGCUCGCUGUACAAAUCAAGGACCAGAUAGGACACUAUUUUUAACUUCAGGCCUAUUGGGCGCUAGACGGGGCCGCUAUUUAAUUUCUACCUGGUUAUUCGAGCGACGCAAAGGUCUAGCAGUUUCCAAGACAAAUAAAUGCACUUCUAGUCUUUCCAGUUAAAUAUCAGCCCGGGGGGUAAGAACAGGGUUAUGGGCUCCUGUCUAAGAAAAGAUCCUCUGUUUACGACAAAAAUUGAUAAAAUUAAUACCCUGUUUAAGACAAAAAUCCCGAAAAACAUACCGUGGCUGGCCGCACGUCCCCAUUAAGCCCUUAUAAGGUAAUAGGAUAGGAUAAGUGCUUUAUUAUCAACAGAGCGCCUACAGACACAUGUGUUUACAAUGAUAACAAAGAUUUUCGUGCUUAUCAGCUUAGAGUGCAAUGAAAGAGACUUCUUUCGAUAUGACUAGAUCAGGCCCAGCUUGCAGGGAUAGCAGUCUUUACUGGGCUGAAUCGGUGCAUAUCUUGUUUCCCGAAUAAAAUUUUCGUUCUAAUUCGUUUGCAGACAAAAUUGGCCAACAAACAACUUUCGCCGCACAGAUCGUAGUAAGUCUAGUAUAGCGCCGUCGAUCAACUGAGCUCGAAGUCCAUAGCGGCAGGGGGUGGGAGUCUAGUUCUCGCGCGUUUGUCGAUUUUCGAAAAGAAAAUGAAAGCAACGUCUGUGUGCAAGCUACAUCGAUCAAGGGAUUAAGGCACCAGAAUCAAUAAGUUCUUUUAGGAUAUCUAAUGUAUAGAAUACUUGAAGUUUACAGUAUUAUGAGUGUGUUAUUUGGAUUGGAUAAUUUUAUAUAUUGUGGUUACUAUUUAUCAGUUAUUCAUUUUUACACGCCUCUAAUAUAACUUUUGUUGAUUUAGGCUGAUGUGGCUAAAUCUUUUGAUCUUGUUUAUCGUAUCUUAUCUCAUCAUAACUGUCGCAAUGUUCAGUCACCAAGGGGCAAAGAUUUUCGAGGCAGGUAAGUAUCACAUAUCAUUGAAACCUCUUAGCCAUGUCUGUUGUACUUUCAACAAAAAAUCUAUAGUCAAUCUAUUUGCAUUUGUGUCAUAAACUGGCCCUGGGUGAGUACGUAGUCGUAUCUCGGACAUAGUCAGUAUAUGGAAAAGAAGAAGAAGAAGAAGAAGAAGAAGAAGAAGAAGAAGAAGAAGAAGAAGAAGAAGAAGAAGAAGCCACGACUCACCACUCACCCUAAGCUCAUGACAUUAUUUAAUAGAAGGACUCACUUGCUGAAGUCGAAGUCCUAAUCAUCACAAUUUCAUUGUAAAUAAUAGAAUCAGACUCCACGACACUAUCAGCCCUUUGUAUUAAUGCUGUACAUAUCGACUUAAAUAUUGUUUUCAGACUUAAAGCACUGUUCAAUAGGACAUCAGCACUCGAGGUAAGCUGUAGUUGUAUUGCUCACAUGAGCUAUGAAACGUUUGCAUCGGGUCUUCAGUUCUUGAUUAUACCUGCGGUAAGAAAAUUCCAAUUAUUUUACAGGAGGAAGUUGAAAAACUCUGGGAAGCGGUUGACGAGCUCAGACAACAGGGGUAACUAUGCUAAUGACUUAAUGUGCGCCUUUCAUUCACUGUUUAUAAACAUUGUUUUUGUUAUUCAAAUGUGCAACGAGAAACGAAAGACUGGCUGGUACACUGUAGUAUCAAUAGGUGACUUCAGCCUGAGUAUCGCUAUAAACGAUAUUGGCGCCAGACUUUAGCUUGGCUUCUGGGAAUGCGAACUCGAAAACGCUUAGUAAUUAACACAUGAUUCAACAGGACUUCUUGUUGUUUCAGUGUGGCUGUUGAUGAGCCAAAUAAAAGUGAGGAGGUUCAUGCUGCAGCGGCUUCUGCGCAUAAGGUGACAGAAGCGCCGACGCCGACCGAAGAAGAUGUAAGUCUAGGGUUAAUCCUACCAUUGCUCAGUGGAUUUUAAAUGACGUUUACUUAUCAAAGAUUUGAACUAUAGAAUUAUCGAUCUUCCAGCAUCCUCCUCCGUAGAAACCUCUCUGUAUCGAUACAAAGCGGAAGCUUCAGCUAAGGAGAGAGAUCCUCCCGAACGUUUACUUUUGUCAAGUAUCAUAGCAGAUAAAAAACAAAUAUUUAGUCGACAGAUUUUCACUUUCAUUUUCUCGGCUUUACGUGGCCGCUGGGAGAGCUGAGAGGAAUGGGGCUGGGGGAUUUUGCUUGCUGAGCAGUCAUUGUCUUAGAAAAGAUAUUGCUUUUUAAUGUUUAUUAGUUCUUGGAGAGAUCAAUUCACGUUUUCGUUUCCAAACUCAGUGACGUUUUUUUAGUUUGGUUUACGGCCGCCGUGUUUGUGCCCAUUCGGAUGGGCACCAACAUGGCUUCUUCAUACAAAGGUCUCUGAAUCUGAGCAAAUAGUCUCUCCGAAAAUCUCGUAACUUUCACUGACCUGAACUAGCCUUGGUGUGCACUUAAAACUUACCUCCUUUAAUUUCCCAGAUUCCGGUCUAUAUCUUUUGCGGGAACAGUUUUGAUUUUUGUUUUUGAUGGCGUGAGAGUGAAAACCAGCAACAGGAACGUGUUUGCGCAACUUGGAUGUACAAUGGCUAGAUCCGUGAGAACCGACCUUAAGACUCUCUCUCUCUUUUAACAACUUGUUGGAUGAGGGGGAUGUUGAUUCUGGUUUUAACAAGUUAAUGAGUUCCUAAUGACCCUAACAUCUGAUUAGAUUACCCCAUUAUAAGCUAUUAUAAAAACUGAAUAAAAGCAGCUUACUUUAUCGAUGCGUGGAAUGGUUUCUUCUGCUGGCCAUUUUGAAUAUUCCGGUCAGCUAUUAGCUAUAGUAGGCUCGGUAUCGAGAAAUAUCGAGAGGUCUGGGACAAUCAAAAAUUCGGAAAACAUUCGAAAGAUGCGAUAGAUCACCCACUGUAAUGAGUGAUCCGAGCGGUUAAUUAUAAGCUCGCUGCGAACCAGUAAUUUCCCGAAUACCUGUUUUCGCCGAGCAACACUGUGCUGCUUUUUUAAAAAUUCUCAUUCAGUAGCGGUAUAAAAAAUACAGACAUAAAGAAAUUUCAUUCAUUCAUUGAACUAUCAUGUCAAUUAUUUUUUUUAUUUUUUGAUUAAUAGCCAGGCGUAGGCGCUGCUCAACCA